GAAGACUUUUUCUUGCGUGUGCCUCCGUUGGGUUGACGGGGCUCUGCGUGACGACUGGAAGAAGGGGCAACACUUCAACUCGGAGGCGCUGCGGUGCGGGACAGUUCAGAAGAGCAGAGAGGAGAGGAGCAGUGCGGGAGAGACGGUGCUCAUCCGUCAACCAGCUGGAGGAUCCCACACUUACAAAACCCUUAUGGCUGCUUGAUAAAUAACGAUACACUCCCCCUCCCCCUUUUUUCUCUUUCUCUGGGACUUUUGACUUUUAGUUUUGUCCUGACCAGAAGUUGUUGCAAGUCCAGUCAGUUGCUCCAAGCUGAGAAGUGAAUCCACUUGCCGUGGACGGCGCAGGCGGUCAUGGAUACGCAUAUAAGAUGGAAAGUUAAACGGAGGAUAAGGGACGCCCAAAUCACUUUAGCGGUGAUUCUGCUUUUUGUCACAUCGCGUGCAAGUUCAGCGGAACCAGCUGAUCUCUUGAAGAUUUUAGAUUUUCACAGUUUACCUGAGGGAGUUACAAAAACAACAGGUUUCUGCUCACAUAGGAGGUCGACACAAGAACCAGAUGUGGCUUACAGAGUAUCCAAAGAUGCCCAGCUCAGUGCCCCCACCAAACAGCUGUACCCAGGUGAUGUCUUCCCGGAGGAUUUUUCCAUCUUGGCCACAGUGAAGCCUAAGAAGGGCAGCCAGUCCUUCCUAUUGUCUGUGUACAAUGAACAGGGCAUCCAGCAGCUCGGCCUAGAAGCAGGUCGCUCUCCUGUGUUCCUGUAUGAAGACCACACAGGCAAACCAGACCCUGAGGACUACCCCCUCUUCAGAGGGGUCAACCUAGCUGAUGGAAAGUGGCAUCGAGUGGCCAUCAGUGUGCACAAGCAGACCAUCACCCUCAUUUUGGACUGUAAAAAGAAGACCACCCAGAAGCUGCUCCGAAGCCCCCAUCCCAUCAUUGAUACCAAAGGAAUUAUAGUGUUUGGAACUAGAAUACUUGAUGAAGAAGUCUUUGAGGGAGACAUCCAGCAGCUAAUGAUUGUAGCAGACCAUCGUGCUGCCUUUGACUACUGUGAGCACUACAGCCCCGAUUGUGAAGUGCCAAUGCCAGAUCAACCACAGAACCAGGACCCCAAUACAGACGAACAUUUUACAGAGGAGGACAACUACUAUUAUGAAUACCCCUAUUAUGAUGAUGUGGAUGGCAAGCCUUAUGAAUCCACUCCGGAUGCUGAGACUGAAACUGUUAAAGAAGUCAAGGUAACUGGUCCCGGCUCCACCUCCAUUUCCACCAGCUCAUCAUCCUCAACAUCUUCCAGCUCAAACAGCACCAUUACAACGAGGUCAGAUACUGCCACCGGAGGAGACGACACCUACGGAGAGGACACCAACCCUUACGACGGCUACGGUGACUACACCGAAUACGGGACAUACUAUGAUGAGUCCACGGCUGCACCUGAAGUCGACACCACUCGACGUGUUACCAUCAGUGGGAUCGGCACCGAUGGAGGGCUGGACCUGGGAGCAGGAGCAAAGAUUGACUUGGGGGCAGGGACUGGAAUUGAGAGCAAGGUGGUCACCGGUGGUGGGGGAACUUCAAUAACAAUGACCAGCAAUAAAACAUCAGUGGAAACCACCUACAGUGACUAUGGCGAUGGAUAUGAUUAUGGAAUAAAUAGUUACUACUCCACUGGUGAGGGUGGAGGCAGUAGUAGCUCUACCAUCACCGUUGGUGGUGGGUCAACUGGAGAGGCUUCUGUAUCUGUGGGAGGAUCUUCCUCCUCUGGAGGGACAUCAGUCUCCAGAGGUGGAAGCACUUCGGUUUCCACCUCUGGAGGGACAUCAGUCUCCAGAGGUGGAAGCACUUCGGUUUCCACUGGCACUGAAACCGACAAGUCCACUGCCACCGGGACUGGCCUGGCUGUGGAAGGCGAUGGUGACUAUGCAGAUCUUGACAAGUUCAAGGAGGAGGACAUCAUCGACUAUGGCGAUCUAGAAGACUAUGACAUAUACACUGAUAAAGUGUUGCCUGCCGAGACCGAUGAGUAUUACGGACAGGUCGAUGGAGCCCGUGGCGAGAAAGGACAGAAGGGAGAGCCUGCUGUUAUUGAGCCUGGAAUGUUAGUGGAGGGCCCGGCUGGGCCUGAGGGGCCAACCGGCCUACCUGGACCCCCAGGGGCUUCUGGCCCACCAGGCAGUCCUGGAGAGUCUGGAGAGAGGGGUCCUCCGGGUCGUUCUGGUCUUCCUGGUGCUGAUGGUCUGCCAGGACCCCCUGGAACUGUCCUUAUGUUGCCGUUCAGAUUCAGUGCUGGAGGUGACUCUGGACAGAAGGGACCAGCUGUAUCAGCGCAGGAGGCCCAGAUGCAAGCCAUCAUGCAGCAGGCCAGGCUGGCAAUGCGUGGUGUCACUGGUCCAAUGGGUUUGACUGGAAGACCUGGUCCACUGGGUCCUCCUGGUGUAUCAGGACUGAAGGGAGAGUCUGGAGACUCGGGACCUCAGGGUCCCCGUGGACCUAUGGGAUCAUCUGGACCCUCUGGAAAGCCUGGUAGAAGGGGCCGUUCUGGAGCUGAUGGUGCCAGGGGAAUGCCAGGACAGACAGGACCCAAGGGAGACAGAGGCUUUGACGGUCUGGCUGGACUACCAGGUGAAAAAGGACACAGAGGUGAAUCGGGUCCCUCUGGACCUCCUGGUGCUCCUGGAGAAGAUGGAGAAAGGGGAGAUGACGGAGAGAUCGGACCCAGGGGACUUCCUGGUGAACCAGGGCCACGUGGUUUGCUGGGACCAAAAGGACCUCAGGGACCUCCUGGACCACCUGGUGUUACUGGAAUGGAUGGCCACCCUGGACCCAAAGGAAAUAUUGGACCUCAGGGAGAGCCAGGUCCACCUGGACAGCAAGGCAACCCAGGUGCUCAGGGACUCCCAGGGCCUCAAGGAGCCAUCGGAUCUCCAGGAGAGAAGGGCCCCACUGGAAAGCCAGGUUUGCCAGGAAUGCCAGGAGCUGAUGGACCACCAGGUCACCCUGGAAAAGAGGGUCCUUCUGGGGAGAAAGGACACAUGGGCCCUGCUGGCCCUCAAGGACCCAUUGGUUAUCCUGGGCCUCGAGGUGUAAAGGGAGCUGAUGGCGUCCGUGGCCUUAAAGGAAACAAGGGUGAAAAGGGAGAAGACGGCUUCCCUGGCUUCAAGGGAGAUAUGGGUAUCAAGGGCGAUAGAGGAGAACUUGGACCAGCAGGACCCAGAGGAGAAGACGGUCCUGAGGGGCCAAAAGGUCGUUCAGGACUCCCAGGAGAUCCAGGUCCGCUUGGCCCCACUGGUGAGAAGGGUAAACUUGGAGUUCCUGGAUUACCGGGUUACCCAGGACGACAAGGACCAAAGGGAUCUCAGGGUUUCCAAGGUUUCCCUGGUGCCAAUGGAGAGAAAGGAACUCGGGGAACAGGAGGAAAGCCAGGCCCACGCGGACAGAGAGGACCAACGGGGCCUCGAGGAGAGAGAGGACCGAGGGGACCGACAGGAAAAGCUGGACCAAAAGGUAACUCAGGAAAUGACGGCCCACCAGGACCUCCCGGUGAGAGGGGUUUGCCAGGACCUCAGGGACCAACAGGAUUCCCAGGACCAAAGGGUCCUCCUGGACCUUCAGGGAAAGACGGACUGCCUGGACAUCCUGGACAGAGAGGAGAGACUGGCUUCCAAGGGAAGACAGGCCCACCUGGACCACCAGGUGUGGUAGGACCUCAGGGACCAACAGGUGAAACUGGGCCGAUGGGAGAUCGGGGCCAUCCUGGCCCUCCAGGCCCACCUGGUGAGCAGGGUCUACCUGGAGCUGCAGGAAAAGAAGGUGCUAAGGGUGACCCUGGCCCUGCUGGUCCAGCAGGUAAAGAUGGCCCUCCUGGACAAAGAGGUUUCCCUGGAGAGAGAGGUCUGCCUGGCCCUGUGGGGGCUCAUGGCCUGAAAGGGAGUGAGGGUCCUCCUGGUCCACCUGGCCCUGCUGGUUCUCCUGGUGAGCGGGGUCCUGCUGGGCCAGCAGGACCAACAGGUCCCCCUGGACGUUCUGGUCCUCAGGGACCUCCAGGCCCUGCCGGCGAGAAAGGUGGACCGGGAGAGAAAGGACCUCAAGGCCCAGCUGGAAGAGAUGGUAUUCAGGGACCUGUAGGUCUGCCAGGACCUGGAGGACCUCCUGGACCACCAGGAGAAGACGGUGACAAGGGAGAAAUUGGAGAGCCAGGACAGAAAGGAAGUAAAGGUGACAAAGGAGAACAUGGUCCACCUGGUCCUACCGGCCCUCAAGGACCAAUUGGAGCACCGGGUCCUGCUGGUGCAGAUGGUGAGCCAGGUCCUAGAGGUCAGCAGGGUAUGUUUGGACAGAAGGGAGAUGAAGGGUCAAGAGGCUUCCCUGGACCUCCAGGCCCAGUCGGACUGCAGGGUUUACCUGGUCCACCUGGUGAGAAAGGUGAAACCGGAGAUGUUGGUCAAAUGGGUCCACCUGGCCCCCCUGGUCCAAGAGGUCCCUCAGGACCUCCAGGAGCUGAUGGCCCUCAGGGACCUCCUGGUGGUAUUGGAAAUCCUGGUGCUGUUGGAGAAAAGGGAGAUGCUGGAGAAACAGGAGAGCCAGGACUUCAGGGAGAAGUUGGCCCACCAGGUCCAAGAGGAGAGCGUGGAGAAAAGGGAGAAGGUGGUCCUGCUGGUACUGCUGGACCUCCUGGCCCUAAAGGCCCCCCAGGAGAUGAUGGUCCUAAAGGAAGCCCAGGUCCUAGCGGUUUCCCUGGUGACCCUGGCCCACCUGGAGAGCCGGGUCCAGCUGGCCUAGAUGGUCCACCUGGUGACAAGGGAGAUGAUGGAGAGUCGGGUCAGCCUGGAUCACCUGGACCUACUGGAGAAUCUGGUCCAUCCGGACCACCAGGAAAGAGAGGGCCUCCUGGACCACACGGGCCUGAGGGAAGACAAGGAGAAAAGGGAGCCAAGGGGGAGUCUGGCUUAGAAGGACCCCAAGGAAAGACAGGUCCUGUUGGCCCUCAAGGAUCACCUGGCAAGCCAGGUUCUGAGGGGCUUAGAGGCAUCCCUGGUGCUGUGGGAGAGCAAGGACUGCCUGGUCCCCCAGGCCCAGAUGGACCUCCUGGACCUAUGGGCCCUCCUGGUUUACCUGGUUUGAAAGGAGACUCUGGUGUUAAAGGAGAAAAGGGUCAUCCAGGUCUCAUUGGUCUUAUUGGGCCCCCAGGUGAACAGGGAGAAAAGGGUGAUAGAGGUCUUCCAGGUCCUCCAGGAUCAUCUGGUCCCAAAGGAGACAAUGGUAUUUCUGGUCCUACAGGUCCACUUGGUCCCAUCGGCCCUCCCGGUUUACCUGGUCCUCCAGGUCCCAAAGGAGCCAAAGGGUCAGCUGGUCAAACUGGACCAAAGGGAGAGACUGGUUCACCUGGAGUUCCUGGUCCUCCUGGGCCUCCUGGUGAUGUCAUCCACCCGCUCCCCAUUCAGGCUCCUAUCAAAGGCAGAACGCGUAGGAACAUCGAUGCCAGCCAGCUGGUGGAUGAUGCAGCUGUGGAUGCCAACUAUAAAGAUUAUGACGAUGGCAUGGAGGAAAUCUUUGGCUCACUCAACUCACUUAAGCUGGAGAUCGAGCAGAUGAAGCACCCACUGGGCACUCAGAGCAACCCUGCUCGUACCUGCAAGGACCUGCAGCUCUGCCACCCUGAUUUCCCUGAUGGUGAAUACUGGAUUGAUCCCAACCAGGGCUGCUCGCGGGACUCCUUCAAGGUUUACUGCAACUUCACAGCAGGCGGGGAGAGCUGCAUCUUCCCAGAUAAGAAGUCAGAAGGGAGCAAAAUGGCAAAAUGGCCCAAAGACUCACCAGGCACAUGGUAUAGUCACUACAAGAGAGGUUCCCUGCUUUCUUACGUGGAUGCAGAGGGGAACCCCAUCGGUGUGGUCCAGAUGACUUUCCUGCGGUUGCUGAGUGCGGCAGCCCGGCAGAACAUGACAUACAACUGCUACCAGUCAGUGGCCUGGCAUAACCAGGAGCAGGACAACUACGACAAGGCCAUCCGCUUCCUGGGCUCCAACGAUGAGGAGAUGUCUUAUGACAACAACCCCUUCAUCCGUGCCGUGGUCGAUGGCUGUGCGUUGAAAAAGGGCUAUGAAAAGACAGUACUUGAGAUCAACACACCAAAGGUGGAACAGGUGCCUUUUGUGGACAUUAUGUUCAACGAUUUUGGCGGGUCCACACAGAAAUUCGGAUUCGAAGUGGGGCCUGUCUGUUUCGUCGGCUAAGACUUUCCACUGUGCAAAUGGAGAAAAAAAAGCAUAUUUUUGUUUUCUCAGAAUAAAAAAAACAACUGAAAAAACAAUUGAAAAAACAAUAGGACAAUUCUGUUUGUAAAAAAGUAACUUUUUUUUCCAUAAAGCAUCAAGUAUGAAUAAAAUAAAAUCAUGUAGAGAGUACCGUGAAAUUUUAGAGGAAUAGAGGAGAUAACCUUGAAACCUCUGUGUGCCUUCUCCAUCACAUGCAAGUUUUGAAACUGGAUGUCAGAUCCUUGCUCUUAUACAGCACCCUUGCACACAACCUAGUCCUUGAUAAUUUUUUUUUUUUUUUUUGUUUAUUUUUUGGCCCCAAAACAACAAAGGCAACCCUGAGAGCUACAGCCAUUCCAGACGGUCACAGUAUUUGCCAUGGACUCCAUCUGAUUUGGCUUUUUUCUUUUCUGUAGUUUUGAUCUCAUGUUUCCUCUCAUGCCCCUGCUUUCUGUCACUUUUGUAGGUUUGUUUGCUCAUUCACUACAGGAUCUUUGUUUGUGCAUAAUUGUCUUCACCAUUCUCUUGGAAUGGUCCUUAUAUAUAUAUAUAAAUAUAUAUAUAAAUAUAUAUAAAUGAUUUUUUAUGUUUGUAAGUACAUUCUGUAUAUUUUUCCUGUUAAUUUUUAUUGCUUCUGGCUUCAAAACAUGCAUGUGACUUUAUUAAUUGCGAGGUAGGAGACCAUGGAACAUCUAAAUUGUUGAAACAUAUCAGACGUGAGGAUAUUUGACUUGUAAAUUGAGAGACAAAAAAAAAAAAAAAAAAAAAAGAAGAAAUACCACCAAUAAUUGGGAAGUUCUGUCUUUGUUGAGCACAGUUUGUUGUAAUUUAAUAACAGAAUUAAAAUAAAAGAUGAAAACAUGCUCUGUGAUAUCAUGUGACAGUUGGUUUGCAAACAAAAAAUAAUACAUUCCUCCUUUUGUGCCCUUUGAACAUUGACAAUAUCAUUAACUUAAUAAACAGCUUCUUUAUUUUCCCUGACAUACUCAUCUGUCUGACUAUGCAAUGGGAGAUGAUGCCACAUUUUAAUGAAAAACACAAAGAAAUCAAAACCUAGGUGCUAAUUCCUCUCUUCUGUGGUGCUAUGUAUUUUUUCUAGUUUGUGUUGUUUGAAUGAAAGAACAUUUGUGGUGACAUUACUUUAUCCCUGGCAGCCCGUUGACCUGCUUCACCGCCCCAUCUGAUGCAGGUGGAACUGUGCUGCAUCCACUUUGGGUUUCCCUUUAUAGGGUCAUGUGUGAUUUCUUUUUGUUUGUUUUUUUUUUUGCAUGUAAUUUUUUUAUGUAUCUGCUGUCAGAACAGUUCCGCAUGUCGCCCUAUGCUUCAGCAGUCUGCACAGAUAAGAAAAGUGUCUGGUGCCUCUCUGUACCAAAUGUUGGAAUGACAAAAGGAAACAAGGAAGGUGCCUUUGGCUUUGCAUAUCAUUGCAGCGUGACUCUGCGGUUCUCUUGGCUCUUGCAGUUGGAUUGUCUGUGCUACUUCAUUCUGAUGGAGUUGCAAAGUGGACAUAUUGUGACUGGGCCAAAGGGAUACAUUUGAGAGUUUUUUUUUGGUGUAUGAGACCCUGAGCUUUCACCAAAGGUAUCACAUAUAGCUUUAAGUGGCUGGGAAACAGCUAGAAAAGUCACCAAAGUGACCAGAUGGAAACGUCUUGAUCGUGCUUGUUGGUCUACUUCUUUUCCUUUUAAUGUAAUAAUGCUCUUUGUUGAAACUAUGCACUUCUUAUGCUUAUGACCACUAGUAUCUACCACAGAAUUUUUACAGCUCUCCAUACAUAGAUUUAUUUUGUUCCUUUUCUUUUUUUUUUUUUAAUCUUCAAAUAUGUGACUUGAACCAUUUCUGUUAACUCAAUAUGCUUGUAGAUCUUUGGCUUUAUAUUUCAUUGUGUUGCAGUACACCCAAACUUAUCACUUUUGUCUUAAUAAAAUGGACAAACAACAUUUUUUGUAAAUUUACAGAACCAGCAGUGAUGCUGCCAUUGUUUUUGUUCUAUUUUGUUGAUUUCUAUGUCUGUUUGUUUGUUUUCACAGUCUUGUCAAACCUGUGUAAGGAUAAGAGGAUAGAAGAUUAUAUUGGUUUUUAUGUCAAUAAAUUCAAGUUUACUGUGGCCA